GCAGUCUCUGGUCAUCUCCUGUACUGUGUCCGCAGUCUCUGGUCAUCUCCUGUACUGUGUCCGCAGUCUCUGGUCAUCUCCUGUACUGUGUCCGCAGUCUCUGGUCAUCUCCUGUACUGUGUCCGCAGUCUCUGGUCAUCUCCUGUACUGUGUCCGCAGUCUCUGGUCAUCUCCUGUACUGUGUCUGCAGUCCUUUGGUUCAGAAUAUUUUUUUUACCGUUUUCCUCUCUAAAACCUAGGUGCGUCUUAUGGUCAGGUGCGUCUUAUGGAGCGAAAAAUACGGCACUU